AUGCGGCUCCUCUAUGUCAUCCCGCUUCUUUUGGCCGCUGCUGCCGUCGGGUCACUGGCUCAGCCGGAUCCCCAGCCGCUUCUUUUCGUCUCGAAAAUGAUCUCGGAUGACCACGUGGUGGUGGGCAACAACGUCGAAUUCACUGUGACUGUCUACAACUACGGUCAAAGCCCUGCCUUUGAUAUUACCAUUACUGACUUGCUACCUGACGGUACUACGCGCACGAAGCAGGUGGAUUCGCUUGCUUUCGGUGAGUCAGCCGAACUUAAGUACACCAUUGUCACCAAGGCUCUUGGUGGUUAUCACGUUGGGGUGACGGAGGUGUUAUACUCCCUGGAGAGAGGAGGGAAGAAGACAGAAAAAGCAUACAGUAACAUCAUCCGCGAAGGUACGGCAUAUUUCUACGGAGAGGAUUACGACGAUACAAAUUUCCGUGGUAUUGUGUCCGUGGUUACCCGCGAGUUCUAUGACCGCUUAUACAAGAGCUAUGUGCGGGAGGCGGCGGUCUACGCCUUCCUAUGUCUUGUUCCCGCCUUGUUUCCUCUUGUUGUGUACCGUAUGGAGCAGAGCCAAGUGGACCUCUUAAUUCGUCGCUCCAAGGCAGUUAAAUGA